AUGGAGUUCUUACACUUCCUCAACAAUUCGUGCGAUUUUGAGAAAAUCUCCAGCGAAUUGUUGAACAACGAAGAAAUUCAAACGCAACUAGCUUUGUUGGCUAGUUUGUUCACGCCUAAUUGCCCGAAGAAAACCAGUGAAAAAGGAUUCGGUGAAUGUUCCAAAAAUUCUAACCAAUCUGCCAGAGAUAAUUUUGAAUUAAACUUGGACAUGCAACAUUUCCAACCUGAAGACAUCAAGGUGAAAAUUGACAACAAUAACGUGAUAGUUGUGGAAGCUGAACAUGGAGAAAAAGACGACGAAACUGGAAAGGUGUCGAGACGUUUUAUGAAGAAGAUAGAAUUGCCGGAAGAAUACGAUGCGACACACUUGUCAUCUCGGUUUACAUCAAAUGGAGUUCUUAAAGUCACAGCGCCGAAGAAGUCCACAAGCGAUGAUGAGAAAGAAAUUCCUGUUAUCCAAGAAAAUAAGGUGAAGGGAGGAUAA